AUGUGUUGCGUCUACUCUUCCCAAUACAUAGUUUUCAGUUUGACAGCUAGACACAGUGGAGAACUGCGUAUUAAUCCUCCAAAGCGAGCCGCCGCUCCUGACAGGACGAACCACAGCGACGGGUCGGACGACAGCCGCAGAUCAUCUCACAUUAUGGCCGCAAUUUUGCAGAUUACCGAUUCAGGGCCCCGGAUAAAAAGAGUAUUAAAAACAAACGAAGGAGUCGUUAGGACGAAGUCAGAGCGACGUCAUUCUGUGCACAUGGACCCUCCUACUGCAACGAGCUACACAAACUCCGAGGAGGGGAAGGAGGAGGAGGAGGAGGAGGAGGGGAGGCAGAGGGGGGAGAGAGAGAGGGGAGGGGCUCGGCGCAGGUAG